AUGAAUAACUAUAAUAAAAUGGAUAACCAAGCACCUUUAAGAACAUGUGAGAAGUGUAUGUGUAAAAUUACAUACAAGAACUAUGCCAGACAUUUAAAAACAAAGAAACACAAUGAAGUCAAGAUUAAUGUGAAAGAAUUAAAGACGGAAUUGAAGUGGUAUGGAAUGAAAAAUGUUGAUAAAAUGAAAAAAUCAGAUUUGUUAGUGAACAAAGAUAAAAUCAAGGCUAUUAAUAUUGAUAGAGAAAAAUUGUUGAAAUUAUCAAAAAAGAAAUUGAUUGAGUUUAUUCAGGAUAACAAUUUCAAUAUUAAUAAACAGUUGAGAAAAGAUCAAAUAGUAGAAAGGUUACUCGAUUUUCACUCAAAUAAAACAUUACCUCUGCCCAAAUGGGAAUUUGUGGAUGAAAAUUUUAAAUCAAGACAUGCUCAAUUUGAUAUGAAAAAUAACUGGGAUAUUAAAGAUAUGUCAAAGUUUUUACAUUUUAUGAAAAAACAUGUUAGUUCUUUACUUCAAGAAUGGAUGAAAAAGCAUAGUGGUAUUAAAGUGAAUUUUUGUGUUUCUGCAACUUAUGUAGACACUCGAGAUGAAACAAAAAUUGCAUACAAACAUUUGCAAACUAAGAAUGAUAGAAUUACUAAUAGAAGUGAAUUAACAAAUGGAAUUUCAACUUUAAUGAAGAGUGUACUUGAUAGACAUGAAAAUAUCAUUGAUGAAUUAACAGGUAGUCCAUGGCGAAUAAUAUCAAUCAAUAGUUUUAGAGUAAAUAUAAACAAAUAUGACCCGCUUAGAGCAAGUUCCUAUAUUGAUCUUCCAAAAAUUUUAAAAGAUAAGAAAGCAAUUAUAAAUGUUAAAAAUACUGAUAAUAAAUGCUUUUUAUGGUCACUUUUAGCAUGUUUAUAUCCUGCAAAAGAUAAUCCACAAGAAAUAAUAAAGUACAAAGCAUAUGAGAAAACUUUUGAUAAAGCUUUGAAAGAUAUUGAAUUUCCGAUGAAAAUUAAAGACAUAGAGAAAUUUGAAAAUAAAGUGAAUGAAUUGAAAUUGGUAGAAGGUGGAUUAUCUAUUAAUGUUUAUCAUCAUGAUGAUCGUUAUAAAAUUUAUCCCUUACAUAUUACUAAAGAAGAGAAAACAAAACAUGUUGAUUUAUUGUAUUUAUGUGAAGAGAGUAAUGAUAGAAAUACUCACUACUGUUGGAUUAAGGAUCUAACAAAAUUGAUUAAAAGUCAAUUAACCAAAAACACUCAAAAAAUACAUUUUUUGUGCAAAAGGUGCCUUUGUCAUUUUUACAGUGAAGUUAAAUAUUUAGAACAUAGAGAAAGCUGUAAAGUACACGAUCCAGUUGCAGUAAAACUUCCUCUUAAAAGUGAUAACAUUUGUGAAUUUACAAACUAUAAUCGAUCAAUGAAAAUUCCUUUCACAAUAAUAGCUGAUUUUGAGUGUAUACUUAGAAAACUUGAAAAAACUAAAGUAGAGGAAGAUGCUAAAACACAAAAAAUUCAAGAGCACGUACCAAUUAGUUGUGUUUAUUACAUUUUAUAUGAGAAUGGAGAAAUAUCAGAGAACAUGUUUGAAUAUUUUGGAAGUAAUACCCCUCAAGUAUUGUGUGAAAAAUUAUCAGAAGAUGCAUAUCAUGAUGAUCAAACACUGACUGAUAGACUAGAGAAAUUAGAAUUAGAUUUGAAAGAGAAAUUAGAUGAUGAAGAAAAAAAUAAAAAGAAAGUUCAGGAUCAUGACCAUAUAACAGGUGAAUAUAGAGGUGCAGCUCAUAGUCUUUGCAACUUGAAUUACAAUGUACCUAGUUUCAUACCCGUCUUGUUUCACAACUUUUCUGGUUAUGAUUCCCACUUAUUAGUCAAAGAAUUUGCUGGAACUACAGAUAAUUUAAAACUAAUUCCAAAUAAUGAGGAAUCUUACAUCAGCUUCUCAAAAGUUGUAAAGUUUCAACACUAUUCAGGAAAAGAGGGUAAAAUAGAACUUAGAUUUUUAGAUUCAUACAAAUUUCUAUCUGAACCACUUUCUAAAUUGGCUAAAAACUUGGAAAUGUGUCAUUUCAAAAAUUUAAAGAAAUGGUUUGAUAAUACAGUACCACCUGGAAAUGAUUCAUUGUUCAAUUUGUUGACUGAAAAAUUGGCUUACCCUUACGAUUAUAUGGACUCAUUAGAAAAAUAUGAUGAGGAAGAGUUACCAUCUAGGGGAAAUUUCUACAACUCCUUGAAUGAUGAACAUGUAGAUGAACAGGAAUUUUUACGUGCUCAAAAAAUUUGGGAACAUUUCAACAUUAAAAAUCUAAAAGAGUUUACAAUGUUGUACAAUAAAAUUGAUGUACUCUUGCUAGCAGAUGUGAUUGAAAAUUUCAGAAAAACUGCACUUGAAAUUUACAAGUUAGAUCCACUUUGGUAUUAUACUACCCCCGGAUUUGCUUGGGAUUGCAUGUUGAAAACAACAAAACAAAAAUUGGAAUUGAUAACUGAUGUAAACAUGUUGUACAUGUUUGAAAAUGCCAAGCGUGGUGGAAUUUCCCAAUGUUCAAAUAGAUAUGAAAAAGCCAAUCAUAAGUACAUGGGUGAAAAAUUUGAUAAAAAUAAAGAAUCAACAUUCAUUCAGUAUUUGGAUGCAAAUAAUUUAUAUGGAUGGGCUAUGAGUAAACAUUUACCAUAUGGAGGGUUUUGGUGGGCAAAUCCAAACGAUUUUACUUACAGUAGAAUUUUGAAAAUGAGAGAUAACCAAAGCAAAGGAUAUCUGUUUGAAGUUGAUUUAAGCUAUCCAGAAACAUUACAUGAUUAUCAUUCUGAUCUACCUUAUUGUGCAGAAAAUAUUAUUGAUGAAAAUAGACUUCCUAAAUUAUUCACAACAUUAUAUGAUAAGAAGAAAUAUGUUUUACAUUAUUUGAAUCUUAGACAGGCUCUUGAAGCAGGUUUGAAAUUGGAAAAAAUUCACAGAGUUAUUCAAUUCAACCAAUCAGAUUGGAUGAAAGUAUAUAUUGAUAAAAAUACAAAGCAUAGACAAAAUGCAAAAAAUGAAUUUGAAAAAGACUUUUUUAAAUUGAUGAAUAACUCGGUGUUUGGUAGAACAAUGAUGAAUGUGCGAAAUCAUGUGGAUAUAAAAUUGAUUAGUGAAGGUAAAAAAUAUACAAAGUUGAAGAGAGAAUAUAAAAAUGAUGUUAAACUUUUGUAUACUGAUACAGACUCAUUAAUUUUGUCAAUAAAAACGCCAGACUUUUACAGUGAUAUGAAAGGAAUGAUUGAUGAAUUUGACACAUCAGACUAUCCUGAGAAUAAUAUAUAUGGUAUUCCUCAAGUUAAUAAAAAAGUUAUUGGUAAAUUCAAAGAUGAAAUGAAAGGAAAAAGUAUUGAAGAAUUCAUAGGGUUAGCUUCUAAAUUGUACUCCAUCAAAGUAUUUGAAGAAGAUGAAAAGAAAAGAGCAAAAGGAGUGAAGAAACAUGGCAGAAACCAAGUGAUAUUUCCCAUUUAG